AUGAUAUUUGUGCCAGGUGUCUGCGUUGGAGCUGGAGUGGGCUUGUCUCUGGAUGAGGAGCUGACAAGGAGGUGCAGGAGAAGAGGACGCCCAGCUGCACAGCUCUCUGGCUGCACAGCUCCCCGGCUGCACAGCUCCCCGGCUGCACAGCUCCCCGGCUGCACAGCUCCCCGGCUGCACAGCUCCCCGGCUGCACAGCUCCCCGGCUGCACAGCUCCCCGGCUGCACAGCUCCCCGGCUGCACAGCUCUCCGGCUGCUCAGCUCUCCGGCCGCACAGCUCCCCGGCUGCACAGCGUUCUGGCUCUGUCAGUCUGCUGUCGUCUGAGAUAAAUACGUGUCGUGGGGAGCUGUCAUCCAUGGAGCAGGAGCUGCAGAGGCUGCGGAGAGACACCAGUAUGAAUUCCUCCCAGCUCAGCUACGUGGAGGAGACCCUGCAGAAGACCCAGGGCCUACUGGAGGAGAAGAACAACGCUGUUGUGGACUUGGAGGAGAAGCUCCAAUGCUGUGAGGAGGACAGGCGGAACUCUGUGCAGCGUGGGAAGGAUCUGGAGGGACAGCUACAGGAGGUGCGAGAUGAGAUGCAUGACACCCUAGAGAAACUACAGGAACUGAGAGACCUGUUACAGCGCAUGCAGCUCGGCGCAGAUGAACGACACAUUUCAUUGGAGAAACUCUCCGCCGAGCUCAGGUGAGCCUCUCUGCCAACCGCCCGACACACACACACACACACACACACACACACACACCCUUGACCGGUGGUCUCCAUUUGUUGCUUCAUUGAAGAAGACAGGUCUCCCCUCAAACCUUUAGGAAAUGCGUCUUUAACAAAAUCAUCUCCAAACAGACAAAAGUCCCCCUCCCCAAGUACGGUCAGUGGAAAAUGUAAUAAAAUGACUGCAUGGCAAUUUGAAGGUGAAGGUAUUUCAUUUUUAAAACCUAUUUCAUUACACAUUUCAUUGAAGAAGCGCUGCCAGCACACCGGAAGUAGUACGUGCUGUCUAUGGACAGUGUAACCAUGGCAACCGCUGACCUGCCGAGCGCUGUGGAUUUGUGUCUGCGACUUCGUCGACCGACGGAUUUGGGAAGACUGAUUCCAAAGUCCUGCGUUUUGAUUUGGUUUUUACACAAUGAAAACAUUCUUUGGUCAGAUUUAAUAAUCAUUGAUUUUGGAUUACCUUGUUUGUCUUUUACUGUGACUUUUUACUAUAUAAAAAAGGAAAUAUGAUAUGUGUAAUAUAUGUAUAUCCUAUUUUUAAAAGUACAUAUUACGUACUGUGCAUAACUUAUUUGUUGAGAAUUACGUGCAAUGCUGAAAACGUAGCUCCUCUUUGCACUGAAUCCUGACGUGAGCUCAUCAUCAUCAUCAUCAUCAUCAUCAUCAAGGGAAAGCCUCCGUUUCAAGAUGAGAAGGCUAACUGUACUAUGCAGUGGCAGACUGAGUUGGUCUCUGUCAUUCAUAAUAUGGAUCAUUCUAUUUUUAUUGUUUAUAUAUUUCAUAAUGUAUUGUUUUUAUAAUGUAUAAAUUGUGUCUUCUUUUGAGGCUUUGUCGCAGUGCGGAGAACAAAGAGCAGUUGCUUUGGACACACACACACGGAUAUCAAACACCCGUGAUGAGUCAUAAAUCAUUUGAUACACAUGAUCUCUUUGUGUACAUAGAUACACAGAACAGGAUAUUACAUUUUACAUCCUGUUCUCCAUUCCAAAUACAAUAUCACUCUUGUCUGUCUGGUAUGGAGUUAAUGCCCUCUGUUUGAUACCAACCAGCCACUUCAUCUUUGGUAAACGUCUUUGUCAAAUACACAGUUGUCCCCCAGCCAACAUGGCUUGACAAGUUGACAGUGUCACAAACUGUCAAAGGGCACGCUCUAACCGGGUGUAUGUCAUGGGGAUUAUUGUGAAGCUUUGACAGGUAUACAUGUGGAUGGUCUCUCAUUCAAACAUAAUGACAACUACAGUAACACCUGAUGAUCUGUAAAUCCUAUUGAACAGCUACAGUGCUGUAACUCCUCCCCUCAGGCAUGGAUGCAGUAGUAUUGAAGUUAAACUAAAGGCAUCAAAAAGACUACGUACUGUGACUGAGCACAGGCUGUCUGAGGGGAUCAGAAUCACUUAUCUGGGUCACACACUGAUUCAUCUCUCCUGGACAGAACUACCUAAACAUCUGAUCAAAUUGCGUGAGAUUUUUUGUUAUUGGUUAACUGAGAUUACACAAUGACUAGUUAUUUAGGAUGCAAGAUGAUUUGUAGAUCAGUGAUUCAGACAGCAAUGCAGUUAAUCUCAAACGCACACAACAUCUCUGCAUUACAGUCGCAAGUAGUUUUCCUUUGAUUCCCUCGUGUGUAUGUGUGUGUGUGAAACAAAAUGCCCUUUACACAGAUGUGAUCAGAUGAGAUCUUCUGGUUGAAAUAGAAUAUGCCCCUGGUGAACAGUGAUUUCACAGCCCAAAUAUGUAUGAAUAAUUGAGUGUGUGAUUUCACAGUUGUGCCGGUGCUUCUGGGUAGGUUCCCCAGCUCUACAUAACAUGUUUUCAGAUCCACUGUGUGUGUGUGUGUGUGUGUGUGUGUGUGUGUGUGU